UAAUUACUUCAAUGGAUUCCACACUCUCACAGGUCAUCUUUUCUUUCUUUCUUCUAUCAUGAAGAACUCAUCAAUGUCAUGUUUUUUAUUUGUUCUUCUUUUUACUUUUCUCUUAUUUAUACAGGUUUUAACUCAGAAAAUAUCAAAUAAUGUAGAAGAGAGAAUUCCAGCGCAUAGUAACGUUGCAUGGCCUAAUGAGUUAGAAGAUGGUUCAACAAGUGGCUCAAUUGGUUAUCAUCUUCCCCAUUACUACUUUCAAGAAGCUAAUCCUUCUUUGGUACCUAACGCUGAAAAGGGUCACUAUACUACUCCUUUGGUUGGCUAUACUCCCAGUGACUAUCAACUUGACAAAACAAUGAUAGGUAUUAAAUUUCCGGGUGGUAGUAUAAAUUUCCCUUGGCCAUUUUCAAGUUCUAUGUUUGUGGCACCAAAAAAUGAAGCAAGCCCUCUUUAUACUUCAACUAGUUACUAUCCUGCCAAUCAAUAUCCAUCAUACUUCGGAGAUACUGAAGAGAAUCCUGAAAAUAGAAGAAUGGCGGCGAGAAAUCGUAAAUUUAUGAUGGAACCUUCAGAAGUUAAUAGAAAGACUUCUAGCAUGAUAUAUGGCGGUAAAGCAUAUGGAGACAUUGAUGAGGAAACAACAACCUAAUACCAACCUAUUCAAUCAUAUGCAUAUUUAUGUAACCAAAUAUAUAAUAAUAUCGAUGUGGCGUAUCUUAUGACCUAUUUAUACAUGCCCUAAUAAAUUGUACCAUUGUGUAGCAUUCGUCUUUAUAGUUAUUGAAUAUAUA